AUGGACCAUUUCCAGCAGCACGACAUCCCGGCCGAUGAGGUUACCUUUUCUCUCAUGAUGUUUGGGUACAUCAUGUGCCCUAAGCAUCCGGGCUUGGAUAUGGCCCAUUCGGUUUUGGAGGAGAUGAAGCAGUGCGGGUUCGUCCAUCCUACUGUGGUGAAGUUCCAUGAGGACUUCCUACUAUCACUGCGGGAACUAGAGGCCUUUGAUGCUCGGCCGAAUACUGGGAACAUCAGACAGAUUAUGAGGAUGUUCUGGCAAAUAUCUAUGCUCUCGAAGCGUCGUCGUAUAAGGCUCUUCCAACAGGAUAUGGAGAGGAGAGUCCUGUCAGGACAAUGGACAACUACGGGUAUUGAGCAUGGGGAAGGAGAGGAUGCUGGUGAGGCCCUUCGAGAGGCUGCACUGAAGGCAGCUUACGGCUACGAUGGGAUUCGAGUACCCGAGGACGAUGCUAGCGGUGCAGUUGAUGAUGGGGAUAAUGAGUACUUGGGGACCAAGAGCGCCUCGAGGAUGCCCGAAGCUUCCAGUAACAUAGAGAAGACGGGUGGAGACGUCCCUGAGGGAAACGUAGCUGAGGUGAGCUAG